CUCCCUGCAUUUGCCCUGCGCAACCACUUUCUUUCUCAUCCAAAUCUUUCACCACCUCCUCGCUUCCAUUUUACUCCUCCUCCGCCGUUUCAGAGCUGGUCUCACGUAACAAGCGCAGGACACUUACAAUGCUUCCCUUCCCUCGCCGCUAAAGUGCCUCAUCCACCCGCCAUCACCACCCAACCAACCAUGGCAGACGAAACCGAUUCCAAGCACAGCUACGGCGUAGUCAUCGACGCCGGCAGCAGCGGCAGCCGCGUCUACGUCUACGAAUACAAACGCGCAGCCUACGUGCAAGCAGCCAACGACGUCAAAGAGCUCGGGCGCCUGCCCAAAGUCAAGAGCAAAGACGACUGGCACAAGAAAAUCCACCCGGGCAUUUCCACCUUCGGACCGCGACCUGAUGCCGUGGGCGAAGAGCAUUUGAAAGAGCUGGUGCGGUUUGCAGAGGAGAUUGUGCCUGCGGGCGAGGUGGAGGCGACGCCCAUCUUCCUGCUUGCGACGGCGGGCAUGCGCUUGCUGCCGGAUGAGCAGAGCGCCGCGGUCCUGAAGAAUGUGUGCUCUUGGUUGAAGGGGAAUUCACGCUUUGCGCUACCGGAUUGCGCGCUGCAUAUUCAGGUUAUCCCGGGGGAGACGGAGGGGUUGUAUGGAUGGAUUGCGGCGAAUUAUCUACUGGGGGGCUUUGACAAGCCGGAGGAUCAUGCGCAUGGGAAGGGGCACCAUACAUACGGCUUCUUGGAUAUGGGCGGCGCGUCGGCGCAGAUUGCUUUUGCGCCGAAUGCCACCGAGGCGGAGAAGCAUGCGAAUGAUCUGACGCUGUUGCGCCUGCGCAAAGUCAAUGGCGAGCCGCAGGAGUAUGGAGUGUUUGUUACGACUUGGCUGGGCUUUGGAGCGAACGAGGCUCGCAGAAGAUAUGUUGAAAAACUCCUGGCUGCAUCGACAUACAACGAGGUCCACGAUCCGUGCCUGCCCCUUGGGCUGCGCAUCAACCCUACCGGGGAGAUUCUCGAGGAGAGUAAUCCCGGCGCAAAGACUCUGCUCGGCACGGGGAAUUUCGAAGCGUGUUUAGACGCCACUUAUCCGCUGCUGGAGAAGACGGCACCCUGCCUCGAUGAGCCGUGUCUCCUCAACGGCGUGCACACUCCCGCCAUCGACUUCGACGUCAACCACUUUGUCGGAGUAUCGGAAUACUGGCACACCACGCACGAAAUUUUCGCCAUGGCGCACAAAGACAAGGCGUACGACUUGUACAACUAUCAACGCUCGGUCGGGCAGCUGUGCAUGCGAGAGUGGGACUCGAUCGAGGAGGAUUUGGCCAAGGAGAAGUGGGGCCACAAGGUGGACGAGAAGACGGUGGAGGAAGUGUGCUUCAAAGCGAGCUGGUUGAUCAACAUGCUGCACAACGGCAUCGGAGUGCCGCGAGCUGGCCUGGAGGUUACUGCCGCCGAGGACAAACCCGUGCCUUCGAAGAAUCGUGGUUUCCUGGACCCCUUUCAGGCUGUGGAGGAAAUUGACGGAACGGAUGUCAGCUGGACUCUGGGGAAGAUGGUGCUUUACGCCUCGUCGCAGAUGCCGCCACUGGAUGGCGCGCUUCCCGUGGGUUUCGGGAGUAAUGUGCCUGGCGGCAUGCCGUCGGAUUUCCAGCGACCGAGUGGCCAAAUCCCCGGCACCCAGAACCCCUCCGGCCCCGCCUCUUCCUCAUCCCCCUCCACCAUCAACGCAACCACAACAGAAGACACCACCGCACUCCAAGACUGGCGCGACCGCAUCUCCAACCCGACCUUCGCCCGCCGCCUCCCAGGCAUCCUGAUAGUCCUCCUCAUCAUCGCCCUAGCAAUCUACCUCCUCUGGUCCCGACGCCGCCGUAACGCCCGUCCGUCCUGGCAAGAUGCCGCCUCAAAACCCAACCCCAGCAAACGCCGCAAACCCGGCGGCCUCCUAAGCAGCAAACUCUUCUCCCGCUCAGGAGAGCAAUCCUACGAACGCGUGCUCGAAGACGGCGGGCCGGACGACGCGUACGCGCCUGAUGUCGAAUUAUCGCACGUCGUCGACGAUGCGCGCCCGUCUAGUAGCUCGAGCAGUCUUUCGCCUGUUACGACUAAGAUGGGUGGUGGAGGGGGCUACUUCGAUUCCUCGACUAAUGGGUUGGGGAUCUAUUCGCCGCCUUCGAGGGGGGGCUUGAUUUCUCGGACGGAGAGCCGGGAGCGCAUGGCGGCGUCGCCUGUUUUGUCUGCUGUGCCUGGUGGGGGGAUUGCGAGGAGUCGGAGUCCGUUGGUUGGGGUUGUGGGUGCGGGGUUGAAGGCGAGUGUGGAUUGAUAUUGAUGGGGUGGAUGAUUUAUAGACUGGUGUUGGAUGGGGUGGAUUUUGCAUAGCGGGAUUGGGUGUUUCUGCUUGGGACGAAGAGGUUCGUCUGUGUGUGAUGAUUAUGAGACUUGUGCGGAUAUCCUCGUGUAGAGAUGCUGGCUCUAGGACAAGAGUUGUACAGCGAUGCAUCAGAGCGUCA